GUCCUCACAGUAGCAACAAGCAAACCCUGAAAUCGUUCCUUCUCCAGUAAACAACCCUCACCCGACGUCGGUCUCAUUCCAAGCCUUGCUUGCUUUUGCCAGCCACGAAUCGACGUACCCUGAACACCCUCGCUUUCGAGUCCGAUCCUACCUUAGCCUCAACCGGUAUCCUGCCGCAAGCAUACAGUCGUUCCCUUUAAUCCCACGUUUUCCACCAAUACUCUUUCACCACCAUGGCCCGCCCCGCAAGCUGCUCACACAACUUCAAGUUGAUCAAAUCCGACACUACUCUCGUCGUCUGGAACUGUCAACUAUGUCACACGGCUGGAUUCAAUUACAUCUAUGAGUGCGAUCAAUGCAAGCUCAAGACGUGUCGGCCUUGCGCAGCCAAAGCAUAGGUAAGUCCAACAUUCUCUUUGGUCAGGUUCUCCCUCCGCUAGGAACGACACCUUGGACUUACGGCAC